AUGUCGUCUCCUGCGGCGGUAGCGGCAGCGGUGGGCGGCGGCGAGGGGCCGGCGGCGUCCUUCCUGGAGGACCUGGAGGACCUGGAAAAUGAGGACCAGACGCCGGCUGUUGGGGAGGAGCCGGCGGCAGGUCUCGACGACGAGGAGGUGUCCUCUCCUUCCACCUCCUCCGCCGAGAUCGCCGCCGCCGCAGCAGCAGCGGUAGCAGCAACAGCAGCAGAAAACCCUAGCUCCAACGGAGGCCACCGCCUCUCCGCCGCGUCCGAGCCCGUUCCGAGCGGCGCCGACGAGCUGGCUGCGCCGGAGGACGGCUCCGCCGCCCCGGACUGCAAGCGGCGGAAGACGGAGGGCGGAUCGGCGGCGGCGGCGGCGGCGGCGGCGGCGGUGGAGGAGGCGAAGGGGCCUCCUGCGGCAGCGGCGGCGGAGGACUCGCGGCGGCUGUUCCAGCGCCUGUGGACGGACGACGACGAGAUCGCCAUCCUGCAGGGCUUCCUGGCCUUCAGCUCCCAGAGGAGUUCCUCCCUCCACCACCACCAGGACACGGGGGCCUUCUACGACCAGAUCAGGGCGCGCAUACAGCUGGACUUCAACAAGAACCAGCUGGUGGAGAAGCUCCGCCGCCUGAAGAAGAAGUACCGCAACAUCACCAACAGGAUCCGCUCCGGCAAGGACUACGCCUUCAAGAGCCCCCACGACCAGGCCGCCUUCGACCUCUCCGCCAAGAUCUGGGGCUCCGCCGCCGCCGCCGCCGCCCCUGACGACGAGGACGACGAGGAGGAGGACGGCGGCGGCGACCGCUGGAGGCGUCACCGAAAGCGGCCCACCGCCGCCGUCGCCGCCGCUCCGGUGGAGGUCAAGGCGGCGGGAGGGCCUAUGCCGGUGCCGAACGUGAUCGAGGAGACGAUGAGGAGCUGUCUCUCGCCGAUGUUCAAGGAGCUGCUGCACUGCGCUAGCCCCCUGGCGGCGGUCGCUGGCGGGUGGGGCGGGCUCGGGCUCAGCCCUCUCCCUUUCGGCCUCGGCGGCGGCGGCGCCAACGCCAAGGCGCCCACCGCGGCGGCGGACGCCAAGUGGCGCAAGCAGCAGAUCCUCGAGCUGGAAGUCUUCUCUCGCCGCAUUGACCUCAUGCAGGAGCAGAUCAAGCUCGUGCUGGCGGAGCUCCGUUCGGCCAGGUGA